AUGGCUCCGACGAGCAGUAGUAGUAAUAGUUCUCCCAGUAGCCCGGUACCCACAGCCUUUAUGACGGACGCGCCAAGUGUCAGACCGACCCGGUCCAACGCCAACCGAAACAAUUCCAUCCGGGACGAGGCACACUUUCUGGAACUUUCAGGAGUAUUAUUAUCAGCGCCUCUCUCCAGCUUGAAUCUCGUGGAGGAGUACACGGUUACCUGUGGCCAAGGAAUCUCCUUGGAACUGCCUACUAUUGGGGGGCCUGUCACUCUCAUUGUCUGUGGUGACGUGGUCCUCGAGGCUUUCACGGGACAGGAAUGUUUUUACCCACAACGUCAAGAUUUGAAUAAUAAUGAGGAGUGCAGCUCUCGGUCUUGGCAUGCGGAGGAGAACACCGGGUACUAUCUGUUGGUGACGCCCAAUACAAGUAAUAAUGAAGAUCAAGAUGAUGAUGCUACCUUUUCGCUGGAAAUUGUGGCCAAUGACAAAUGUGAAUAUGCGCAUGGCCCCGUGGCGCCCACAAGUUCCGGAGUUGCGCUGUCCUACACUACAUUGAAUGCCAAUCCGGAUACCGUAGGGAAUUGUCGGGGAGCAUCGGCAGCGACAGCUCCAGGAGUUUGGUAUCUUGUCCAAGGAACAGGACAAGCAAUUACAGCAUCUACUUGUUCGAAUAACGACGCUGAGGGUGCGACUACGGACUUUGAUACACAGCUGUCCGUCUUUUCCGGUCAAUGCGACAAUCUUGUCUGUAUUGAUGGCAACAAUAAUUUUUGUGGGGGCCAAAGCUCCGUCUCCUGGCAAUCGACGCAAGGGGAGAUCUAUCGCCUUCUUGUGCAUGGAGCAAACAACUCGACCGGAACAUUCUCCCUGACGCUAACCACGGAUGCCGUUCGUGUUGCCAAUGACUUUUGUGGAACAGCUACCGAAAUACGAAACACUACGGGUCCUUCGGAUGUCCUGGAUAGUUCAUCCUUUUGGGGCGCCACCGCGGAUGCUGAAGUACCAUCGUGCUGGUCUAUUCGAACGGAUUGCUCCUCCAUUGCCUCCUUUUCUACUACAUCCGCCACUUGGGGCGAGUUUCCUUUGGGUGUUUGGUACACUUUUCAAGGGACGGGUGCCGACGUCUUUGUGGAUUUGAGUGACAAUGUUGAGCACCGACUAGAAGUUCGUGUUUUCUCGGGUGACUGUGGUGACCUCCAAUGUGUCAAUGAUGCAAUCUCGGGUAUUGGAGGCCCCGGCGACGGUUGGUGCGGUGCUCAAUAUGCCAUCAUGACGCAACUGGGGGAAACCUAUUAUGUUCUCGCGUCGCCGGCGUCAUCGACAAGCCUUGGUGAGGACUUGUACAUGACGAUCGAUGCUCGAGUUCGUACUCCCUAG